GCAGCAAAACAAGUGUGCACAGCAGCUGCUCCUUUUAGGCACAACAGUUCGGUUCGUUCACACAGAAGUUUUACAUCUCACACCGGCUACAGUUUGUUACUUUCCUUUUUCUGGGAGCGAUCUGUCACUCUUCAACUUGUCACCGCACUUAUUAUUGUAGGGUUUUCUUUUCUUGAUCCACAUUGACGUUGUCUUUCUUUUUUUUCUCUAUACUUGACAAGUGGUACUUCGAGGUCAAACUCUUCCACUGGUGUGCCGUUUCCUGCUUUAUUUGUUUAUCUAGAGUGUCUCAGCUGUCAUACGGUUUCGUGUACGUAUACCCUUCUCAAAUUGUUCUAGUUGAAAUAUAUCUUUUCCUCCUGUCCUCAGACUUUUUUUCCUUUCGUUCCUCCGUAGUUUCGAACUGAAUUACGCAUACAACUGUCUACGUAAAGAACCAACAAAAAAACUCACUUUUUGUGAUUCUUCCAGCUGCACAACGCCAAUCCUAUAAAUAGGUCUCUCUUUUUCUUGGUUCCUACUGGUAGAGAUUGAUUUCUGUUUUCCCUAAACUCGUUCUCCGAAGAAUUUCACCUUCUUCCAUUUUUCCUUCUAUAUAACUCUACUCAUUGAUGACUUUUCGCUUGUCAAGGCUUACUGGUUGGGACUAAAAAGGGAAAAUCUUCGCGAAGGAGGAAAAAAGCUCUAUUUUUGUGUCAAGACCCUUUUGAGUUGUUGAGAAAGGAGGAGACAGACUCUGUGGGUUUUCAUUGCAGUGGUGUGGAGCAGCUCGGGAGCGGUGAGUAUGCUUUCACCCCAAAACGAACAACUUUGUGGCAACGGCGACGGGCCUCGAGGCGCAACAAGUAAAAGCGCGUUUCCAGAAGACUCCAGCCGAUUCAAUACCUCUGAUGCCACGUCGCACUCUGCCCCAAUCCCCAUGCACUCUUCUAACAAGCCUGGCUGCAGUGAACACGGUGAGCUUGUUUCCUCGACACCUCGAUGCGGCGAGCACAACAGCGCCAGUUCUACUAGCUUAGAUGCGGAUGACGAGGCAGACGCUGGGCAGCCGGCUGACACGGCGGAGUUGGCCUCCACGCCGCCGUCCGCGCUGGUGAACUCGUCAGGGCACCGCUGGCUAAUGGAGCCUCAUGUGGGGGAAUCACCACUGCGUCGGCUGAGGUCGGCGCACGAGGCGGAGGCGGAGGACACACGUGACACAUCCACACCAGGACCCCACGUGCCGCUACCGCACUCGUCGAGCGCCGAGCAGCCGCAAGCAAAUGGCAGUUUGGCACCGUCGGCAUCAUCAGCGGCAGCGCCGCCACGCUCCCCUGUUCUGCGCAGCCGUCGAUCACUGAAGUGCGCGGGGCGGUCCAACUCGCGACGCACCCAUAUGGAGGCAAGCAGCAGUGAUGCCACUCUACCGUCGUCGCUGCUGGCAUCCCUCGCCGCGCGUGUGUCGCUCUCUCAGCCGCCGUCUGCCUUUGCGCUGUCCGUUGUUGACGCUGAGGCGACCCAGUCGGGCUGCGUGGCAGCUGAAGACUCAAUCACCUCGUCGCUGUUGCGAGCAGCGCGUGGUGCGAGUACGGAAGGGGAGGCGGGGAUGCACGUGUCCUCCAGCCCGCCGGUGUCCCCCCCAUUUCCCACGACGACGGCUGCGGCUGCGGCUGCGUCGGACUUCUCCGACGGCUCACCGGGGCCGCGCAACUCCGACGUCUCCUGCUCCCCGCUGCGUACGCACCUGCGCCUGACUCCUCGCAUCAAUGCGGAGCUGCAGCAGUUCGGCUGCUGCGUCUUCUUCUUCCCAGCACCGCUCAUCUCGUGGCUGUUCCCCCUCGUUGGACACGUGGCCAUCAGCAACGCGGAAGGUUCGCGCCUCUUCACCUUUGAAUCUUCCUACUACGUACGGGAGGAGAAGCUCGUGACGGUGCUGGAUCGCGUGCUACGGGAGGAGAUGACUCACGACAACAGUGUGCUCUCGUCUCCCGCACGGCGCAAUCGGCCGGGGCAGCGAAGCGACACAUCCGACCGUGCCAACUCCCCAAGUCCCGCCCAGUCUCCGUUGCUGUGCCGCGGUUCGGCCAUGAAUGACGCCUCCGCCUCGGACGCCGGGCGGAACUCACCGUCCGACACGAGCGCCGUGCUGCCGCCGCCGCGCAGCGCCUCCAUGCCGGUCUUCCCGCCCCGCCCCACUGCACGACCCCCGCGGCGAACGAGGCGGUCCAGACCCGCAGGCGGGGGGUCCGCAACGGGGCACACGCACACGCGCUGCGUCCGCAUAUGGGACCUCAAGCCGCUGCUCAUGGAGAGCCGUGGCCGACGGACGAGGCGUGCGCCGUACAUCAUCACUGGAGAGGGCGGCAAGCAGGCGGCUGUGGCGUUGUGGGAGCGCUUGCAAGGGCUGUUGCAGCCCACCGAGGGCUCGGCGGGCAGUGGUCCGAGUACGAGAAGUGCCCCGAGUUCUCUGCCGGCUUCUCACAUCCGCGGCCGUGACAAAGCAGAGCUGAGCGACAACGCAGAGGGCUCGCCCUCCGCCCCCGGCGUGAGCAGCAGCAGCAGCGCCGACGAGGAGAACGAAUUCGAGCUGCUCGACGCGGAGACAGCUCACUUCUACAAUCGUAACCUCAACGUGACGAUUCGUCUCUUCCGCGGCAGCGCUGACGGGAGCAACAACUCGCCAGACGUCGUGCUACAGCACCACAGCUCCUUCUCCUUCGUGGGAUUUGUGCUCGAGGCGUGUGGGAUUGGAAGUCAAGCAAAGCUGUCUGCCGCAACUCCCGUCCCUGCUGCUGCUCCUGUUGGUGGUGGUGGUGAUGGUAAGAGUAAUGUUGAUGAACAUGCGCAGGGAAAGAGGAACGACGCAAGCGGGACGCCGAACGUGUCGAACGAGACCACUGCAGCCUCUGCGACUGCCGUCUCCGCAGCGGAGAGCACCGAGGCUAAUGAUGAGACCCACUGGGGUGCCGUAAAGCUACUUUUCCACGUCUGCGUAUUUGGGAAGUGGCACCGAGGGGAGGGUAGGCUGCGGCGUGCCCUGCAUGGUGGCAGUAUCACAAGCGCCGCAAUCCUUUGGGCAAUAAUACUGGUGGCGUUUUUUCACUACCUUAGCCCAAUGUUUUCAUGGUAG